CGGGACGGAGCUGAAAUGGGUUGGGUCCCCCUAACUGCAUGGAUAAUUGCCACUUCAGGUCUAUGCAUGUCGAGGGCCUACACACCAACGCAGGUGUUAGGAGUUGCGGGGAGCUCGGCUUUAUUCAAAGCAGCCCCCCCUCCCAAUUUUCACAGCCGGGAGUUCUUCUGGAGUUCUUUGCAGCCUUCCGAAGAGUUGGUGGCCACUUCGCUCAAGGGAAGCCCAGAGAUCCAGUACCGGUCCCGUUUCUAUGGAAGGACUCGACUCCACGACAACUUCACCUUAGAGAUCGAUCCAGUGGAUUUAGAAGAUGCUGGGAAGUUCUCCGUUCUCCUGGUGGACACCACAGGACAUAUGCAAAAACAAACUUUUGAGCUGAAGGUUUACGAUACGAUUUCAAACCCACUUAUUCAGGUGUUCACCGAAGAAAAGGACCUCAAUGGCUCCUCCGAAACUUGUCUCGUUUUCUUGACUUGCCACGCAGCCAGCAGGACUAACGUCACUUACGAGUGGGCAGGGCUGGCGGGUAAGACCGGCCCUAGGCCGAAGCAUUGGCUGAUGGAGGGGGGCCAGGUGCUACGGACCAAACUGGACCCCAAGGAAGCUCUCCAGGGAAGAAAAUGUUCUACAGAGUUCCCGGAAACGAAUCGAUCCAGCUUUAGCAGACGGAAAACAUGGAUCUUCCUCGGGUUAUUCUGGCUGAAAAGGUGGAAGGUGUUUUGUGGGGGGAAAAAUUCCCUUCUACCUCUCAGAGAACUGAAGAUUGUCCUCCGGGUCUCGAUACUACAACUCCCAGAGUUCCCCCAGACAGCACAGCUACCGCUAAGAAUUCUAGGAACUGAAGAUUGUCCUCCGGGUCUGGAUACUACAACUCCCAGAGUCCCUCAGGCAUCUGGGUACUACAACUCCCAGAGUUCCCCAGACAGCACAGCUACCACUGAGAAUUCUAGGAACUGAAGAUUGUCCUCCGGGUCUGGAUACUACAACUC